AAAAGGAAAGAGAAUUCCACAGAGAAAGAAAUCAAAGCAAAAAACGAGUUUCUUAAGAAAGUCGUUCUUUAGCUUCGUGUCUCCUCUCUCCUUCACUGAGAAGAAAAUGAACGGUGGUCCAUCUGGCUUCAACAAUGCCCCUGUUACAAGAGCCUUUAUCAUUGCCUCUGCUCUCUUUACGGUCUUCUUUGGGAUCCAAGGCCGUUCUAGUAAACUCGGAUUGUCAUAUCUGGAUAUUUUCGGAAAGCUUCGGCUUUGGAAGUUAAUUGGAUCAGUUUUUGCCUUUUCAUCCACACCAGAAUUGAUGUUUGGACUCUACCUGCUGUACUACUUCAGGGUCUUUGAGAGACAGAUAGGUUCCAAUAAGUACUCGGUCUUUAUCUUGUUCUCUGUAAUAGUUUCAUUACUCUUUGAGUUCCUUGCUUUAGCGCUACUGAAAGAUCCUGCGGUCAACCAGGUCACAUCUGGACCUUACGGUCUUAUAUUUGCUUCAUUUAUCCCAUUUUUCUUUGAUAUUCCAGUAUCAACAUGGUUCCGUGUAUUCGGUGUGCGCUUCUCUGAUAAGUCUUUCAUAUAUCUAGCUGGUCUUCAGCUUCUUUUAUCAUCUUGGAAAAGAUCUAUCUUACCAGGGAUAUGUGGCAUUCUAGCUGGUUCCUUGUAUCGUUUGAAUAUCUUUCAUAUCCGCAAGGCAAAGUUCCCUGAGUUUGUUACUUCAUUCUUUUCACGGCUUUCUUGGCCAACCAUGGGUAGUCCGCCUUCAGCACCAACUAGGAAUAUUGUAGGAAAUGCGCCAUCCUAUGCAGGUCGCCGAGUGGAGAGAAACUACCCUUCUCCCAUGCCAUCAUCCGUAGAGCCAUCAGAGGACUCUAUUGCUACACUGGUUUCCAUGGGCUUUGACAGGAACUCCGCCCGACAGGCACUUGUGCAGGCUAGAAAUGACGUCAACGUGGCCACAAACAUGCUUCUCGAAGCGCAGGCUCACUAAUUCAUCGACAUUGUUCUGUGAAAUGAAACUGAUUGUUUCUAAUUCGGAGACAGAAUCCUUAUUCAAUUCAGACAUGCUGGUCAAACAAAUUUUCCCUAUCUGGUGACCGGAUUGAUAUAUGCUUAGAGAAGCCCGGUCAAGGUAUUCACAGAAUCUUUCUUAA